AUGAGACAAGUGGUUCUCUUCCGCCAGCAUCUUCUUCUGGGCAAGAUUUUGCGUUACCGGGGCGACUUUACAAGAUCACUGUCACAUCUUCAGAGGUCAAUAAAUAUUAAAAACACUGUUGAGAACCUCAUAUUUCUCGAGGACGCGAGUGAUCUGGUCUCUAAUCUGGCUGAUACGUAUAUCGAACUAGACUGCCCGGAUACGGCUGAAAUCUGUCUGCGUGCCGAACUUGAACGUCAAAAUCCGCAUCAUGCCACAUUGACUGUUGCUUUAGCUGAAUCGAUGUUUGCACAGGAGAAGUUUGAUGAGGCAAAAGCGCUCUGCCUUACGCUACACCCGCCCCUGAAACUCUUGAAGAUGGAAAAAUUACGCCUAUCUAUUGUUCAAGCAAAGCUAUCGCAUGUUGAAUGUCAAUAUGAUGCGGCCGUCAAUUACUGGACAGCAGCCAUGGCUCAUCUAAAUCGCUUCACUUUAGCCUGUGGUCGUACAACGCGUAUAAUGCUCCUCUCCCAGCGCGCCAUCUUACGCCAGCAGGGACACCCGGACCUUGAGCGUCAGACUUCUGACCAUCUGAGCACACUUGAGAUAUACGCUGGUGCUUGUGGUACUUUGUAUUAG